CGCGUAAUUCGACUUUGAUAUAUUUUAUCAGGUUUGCAAUAAUGAAGAGGCGUACGUAUUCAGGCUGCAUGAUAUGUGCCGUCUACAAAGGUUCUUAGUAAUUGGAUGCGAUGGCGGAAGCUACUAUGCCACAGACCAUGCCAUACAGAAUGAAAAUGUGGAUUUCAUUAAAAGAUUAAUUGAUACGGGCAAGGGUGUCGAUGUCGUUGCAAAGAUAAAGGAAAUCAGUGUCAGUAGACGGAAUAUGAAGCAAGACCCGAUCCUCCUAGCGUUAGCAAUUUGUGCAAGGUCACAUAAUCGGAACACGAAAAGUGCCGCUUAUGAUCUUCUUUUAGACGUAUGCAGAACACCAACUCACCUUUUUACGUUUGUCAAGUUCUCUGAACAGGAAAGCAAAGAAGGAACGGGAUGGGGAAAUGCCCACAAACGAGGCGUGAGUAAAUGGUAUACAAUGAAAGAUCCUGAACGUCUUGCCCGCCUCGUAACCAAAUGUAAAAAACGUGCAAGUUGGUCACACAAGGAUGUCAUAAGACUGGCACACACAAAAACUACAGAUGUGGCCCUUGGCUUUAUACUAAGGUAUAUCGCGAAAGGUCUACACAAGGCACGGGAAAUGUACAUUCUCAAUGCAAGCAAUGUCACCCCAGAGACAGCCGCAAAACUUGACAAGCUGGCAGUGUUUAUUGAAAAUUUUGAACAGGCAGGUAGUUGCAAGAACCCACAACAGCUCUGUUCAAUGAUCCGGCAGUAUAAACUUACCUGGGAGCAAUGCAACUCUGAGCUGCUGAAGAACAAAGAUGUAUGGCUUGCACUCCUGCCGCACAUGCCGAUAGAGGCCACCAUACGAAACCUCGGGCGAAUGACCAGUUAUGGAAUGCUUGCUGAAAACAGUGAGGACGAACAACUUGUUCUGGACAAGAUUCGUUCAAUGAACACCGUGACCGAUAGGACUGUCAGCGAAGAUGAAGACGAAGGAUAUGGUAUGAAUGUAGGAGUCCAGCAUGCUCAAGGGGAGUCAUUAGGGAACAGAAGACAAGUUUUACAUCCAUUCAAAAUACUGUUAGCUUUGAUAACCUACAAAACCGGACAUGGUGAUAAAGGAAGCCGGUCUUGGACUCCAAAUCAAAGGAUCAUGGAAGCCCUUGACAGGGCAUUCUACCAGGCGUUCGAAAGAGUAGAGCCUACAGGAAAGAAGUAUUACCUUGCCGUAGAUGUCAGUGGCUCUAUGUCACAGCCUGUUUUGGGUAGCAGCAAUAUAAGCUGUUCAACUGCCGCAGCUACCAUGAUGAUGGUAACAGCCAAAACAGAGCAACAUUGCAUCAUAAAAGGUUACAGCCAAGAAAUGGUAGACAUUGGAGUUGAGCCCUCAGAUACUAUAGAUACAGUCCAGAGGAGAGUAGAUACCAUCCCAGUGGGAAAUACAGACUGUGCAAAACCAAUGAUUGACGCAAUGGAAAACAAAAUCAAAGACGUGGACGUUUUUGUUGUAUACACUGAUAAUGAAACUUGGUAUGGGAAAUGCCAUCCAUUCUACGCUCUGCAAGAAUACAGGCAGUAUUCGGAAAGGCCUAAUGCCAAGCUGAUAGUUUGCGGGAUGUGCUCCACGGAGUUCACGAUUGCGGACCCAAGUGACCAACACAUGCUAGACGUGAUAGGGUUCGACUCUUCUGCCCCAGCAAUUAUCUCGGAUUUUGCUUUGGAUCGGAUAUAAGCAAUGGCUAUACAUUGUUCAUACUCGUACAGAAAACAAGUAAUAAUACAUACCAUGAAAACCACGAAGAAUAUAGUUGUUGUAUUAACAUCCGAGCAGUAGGAUAGAUUAUGAUUUUGUAUGGUACUAAACGUACUUUAAAUUUAGUCUGGCCAUUGAGAUAUUAUUGCAGGCGGGAAAAUUUUGAGAUAUCUGUCACUGUACUUUUUACCUAUUCUUCAAUAUACCUUAUGCUUGUACUAACGUUUCCAAAUGAAUAAUGAAUGUGAAAUAAUUUAUCGAAUUAAAGAGAAUUCUGAGUUACAGUGCUUUUGCUACUGUCGUACGUAAAUAUAAAUGGGUUUCAGCUCGAGUGUAAAAAUAAUAAUUCACAGCUAGUAUUUUAUAAGACACAUAUCGAGGGUUCAACGCAAUAAGGGCGUAUCUACAUAUAGUUAUUAUAUGUAGAUACGCCCUUAUUGCGUUGAACCCUCGAUAUUCCAUUUUUAGAUUGAACGUUAGCGAAAAUACACAUUGUAAUAAAUACAUAGCGCGUUCAGAAUCACCGCUUCUCAACGCCAUUACUUUAAGCAAAGAAGUAUAAAAUACAUUUAUUUUUAUAGCUCUUUGCUUUAAUUAAGGCAGUUCAAGGGAAGUCCAUUUAUAAUAGAUACAAUUUAAGUGCAGUCGAAAGUAUUAUGAUGUGUACGAAACUGUAGCAUUUUCCCGUAUUAUUUUUAUCAUGAAGUAGUUGAUACUGGGAUUCUACUUUAUAAAUUGUGUACGUACAUGUGUCAAUUGUAAGACCCCUUUAAACUACAGGUCAUUUAAAUAAAUCAGUGCGUCAAUCAAUCAAUCAAUCAAUCAAUAAACAAAAGAAAGUACAUAUUUUGAUCACAAUUUAUAACUAUCUUGUGUUUUCUAUUUCUAUUAGUAUUUCAUAUUUUUUUUUAUCUUUUUUAUCUUUUUCUAUCUUCACUUAUUUCACACAGGGGUUUUGUACAUAGGGGUAUUGUAUAUAUUGUGUAUUACAUCAAAUAACGUUUCUGUUUCUAUGAGUCAUUCGUUCUUUAUUUUUGUAUUUUAUUAGUUGUGUUUUGACGUAUUAAUGGAUACAGCUGGUAUAUCAUAUAUGCAUAUAGAAAAUAACUUUGACAAAGUUUAAUUGUAGCAAGUUAUAUUUGAUCAUUAAUUGUACAUUGUACAUAAUGUAUAUCAGUUUGUAUCUGUAUUUUGGUGUAAUACAUCUAAUAAUUUUUGCAUUGAGUUUUGUUUUUGUAAUUUUCAUGACAACAAAAAAAAAGCUGAAUAAAUUGAAAACUGAA